AUGUCCCCCAAGGACAAACUCCUACGCCAAGCAGAAACCGAAACACGAAAUUUCUUGAAGGACCAUCCAGAGCUCUACGUGUUGAAAGCAGACAAGGGCAACAAAACGGUUGUGAUGCUUAAACAAGACUAUGUCACUCGAAUGGAACAGAUGCUGUCGGAUACACACACAUACGAACGAACGCAAUACGAUCCAACGUCGGGUCUGCAAACUAAAAACAACGAUAUCGUUCGCCGCCUAGAGAGAUUAGGUCUGCUUGAUCGUACGACGGCAAUGAAAUUGCGAACCUAUAAAGCGGUGUGUCCAAAAAUAUAUGGUCAGCCAAAAACACACAAAUCUGGCUUGCCUCUAAGGCCAGUCGUUCCUUGCAUGACAUCGCCAUCAUACGAGCUGUCAAAGUUCAUUGCAACGAUCCUCCAAAAAUCGUUCCAAAGCAAAUUCAACGUACGAGAUUCCUUUGCCUUCUGCCAAUAUGCAAACACAACAAUAAUACCAGCAGACCACGUCAUGGUAUCGUUCGACGUAGUGUCGUUGUUUACAUGUAUCCCGAUCGCACUGGUACGCAAAAGCAUCAUCAACCACUGGAAUGAAAUCGGCACACACACCAACAUAUGCCUUGAUCUCUUCCUGGAGGUGACCGUGUUUUGCAUAGAAUGCAGCUACUUCUGCUUCAAUGGGGUUUUCUAUAAGCAGAAGUUUGGCACUGCUAUGGGGAACCCACUUUCCCCAAUCAUCGCUGAUUUGGUUAUGGAGGACCUACUGGAACGGGCCGUCGCGGCAGUUCCAUUCGAAAUGCCAUAUCCUAAAAAGUAUGUAGAUGACCUGUUUCUAAUACUUCCGAAAGAUAAAAUUGACGAAGUAAGAGAAAUUUUCAACCAACAAGAGACGAGUCUGCAGUUCACGGUCGAGGAAGAACAAAACAAUCGUCUACCGUUCCUUGAUCUAGUCGUAAUUAGGAACCUUGACCGAAGCAUGUCUACUGAAUGGUAUAUGAAACCGAUUGCCUCCGCUAUGGAAGCGAGCGAAAACACACCAGAAGAGGAUGAAAAACUGUUCCGCUCGCUCACCAACAUCGACGGCCUCUCCAGUCGGAUUUCCAAAACACUCAAGAAGGAAUACGCAAACAUCCAAGUUGCCACCAAAACAACAAAAACGGUUGGCACACUACUACCCUCGAUAAAGGACAAGACGGCGAAGGAACAACAAUCAAACGUAAUCUACAAGAUCCAAUGCGGGGACUGUGAAGCCUGCUACAUCGGCAUGACGACCACAAAAUUGAAACAGCGUAUCUCGGGACACCGAUCGAACGUAAGGCGUUUAGAAACACUACGAGCAGCAGGCUACACAAACGAGGAUGCAGCGAUCGUGGAAGUUCAUUGCAUGUCGGAAGGUGCACACGAAAGCGACCUGCUGCUGCCGCCACCGUCGCCACCAUGUUUUUGUGUCCCGUCCCGAUCGAGACUGUAUGAUGGUGUUUUGAUGGUGAAGGUGCAAUUUUACCCAGGUGCCUCGUGGCCCGACAGGGAUUCGAUGUUGCUGCAUCGGAAUCGGAAAUGCGACGUUGAACAGCUGUUCUGCGCUGCUGCCCGGCUUUACCUCUAG